AUGUCCCAAUUCCGACAAAAGUGCUUUUCAGCCAAGCUUAUGAAACAGCACAUGCUGGAAAUCAGCCAGCUUUAUAACAAGGCAAACACCAUCUCCGGCAGGGCAUUCCGCAGGAAACUUUCCAAAAUCGACCGGAAAGUUAUCCGGUGGAAUGAGCAAAGUAAUAGACAAGACUAUUACGAUCUGCAUGGAAUGAGCAAGUUGGGAGCUCAACGGUAUGUGGAGUCGAUCGUUGCAGGGAAGACAGGAAAAUUCCGCUUCGAAACCGGUCGGGGCCUCCACUCUACCAACAACGUGGCGAAGAUAAAAAACGCGUUGUUGGAAGAGUACCAAGAAAGACCAAGAUGCUCGAUUCGAGUGGAUUCGUUGAAUUAUGGAGUGCUCGUUUUGGAAAAGUGGUAA